AUGGAACCCACACAUAAGAAUCAAUUUGCCGAAUACAUAUCAUUGUUCGAAGAACAGGGUGAACGAAACCGGUCACAACAGAGUCCUGCAGUAUGUCAAUCAACACUCAGAUCUUCCGUAAAGUUUGCAAAUUUUGUCCCGUUGGACAUUAUCUUUCCGCAUAAACCGAGCACUGUUUUUGCAACAUCAAAUGAUGGCACAAGUAACAAUGUUGAAAAUGGAAAGUUUGAAAAUGUUGAUAGAAAAUAUGGAGCUAACGUCAAGAGCGAUAUAGAAAUUGAUAAGAAUUCAUCAAAAUUACAUGCUUUAGAGAAUUUUUUACGUACAGGUGAUCAUAUUAUUGUGGUGUUGAAAAGCAUUCCUCCAAGGCUUCUAAAUGCAUCCCCUUUGUUAGAGGAAUUACUGGAAUAUGCUAUAACUAAGCUUCUACCGAAGUACCAUGUUGUAAAAGCAUCUGAUUCUAAGGCGAUUCAUUUGAAUACUAGCUUUAAAUGGGCGCUUUUAUCUAAUGAUUACGUGUCCGAUACGAAAGCAGUUUUUAUUACGUUUUCUGAUAUACUUACACUCCAUUUGUUUCAAAAAACUUUUGAAUUCUUUAGUGCUAAUGAGAAAUCAGACUGUGGACUGAAAAUUCACAUCUCGAAGAAGCUAAAGAAGCCUUUGCAGCUGCUAGAGAAAUGUAUCAAAAUAUCAGAUUGCCAAAAUAUGCAAAAGAAACUGGGUGAUCAUUUAUCAAGUAAGUAUGAAGAAGUAAUGGAUAAGAUCGGCCUAGUUGCUAUUGAAAAUGAAAAUAUUGAUACAGAUUCAAAAGCCACGCAGUAUAGUGUGGACCAAAAUGCACUUCUUAAUAUUCCGGAUAUGCUCUUAGAGAAUGUGAAAACAAGCAUUCUCGAUUUCAAAAUGAGUGCGUCACAUGCCGAAGAAGUGCGUGUCAGAAAAAGAAAACUUCAAGAAGAAAAAAGGACUAGGCUCAAACUCCAGUAUCUAUUCAAUGAUCUAAAGCAUGAAAAAUCAAACGAGAGAGGUGAGAUGCAAUUAGAUAUUGAUAAAUAUAAGGGUGAAACGUAUUUGGUUGAGCAAAAUAGCAAAAUUAAUGAGCAUCAUCGUGAGAAAGACAAUAUGAAUGAUGAUGGUGAUGAUGAUGAUGAUGAUAACAUUCCAGGAGAUGAUAUUGGAGAUCUAGACUUUAGGAAGCAGAUGGCUCAACAAAGGGAUAAUAAAAUUGAGGAUGAAUUUCAGAGAAGGAUAGAUAUACAAAAAAGAUCUGAACAACAACAAUUAAGCCUUUUUAGCGAGUUCAAUACUGCCAUUAAAAAUGAUCGAUAUUUAAAAAAUGUUAUCCCUAAGGCCCGAAAGAAGUUUAUCAAAUCCUUUGUAGACAAUAUCAAUAAUUCAACAAAUACAGUUGAUAAAAGUUUCCGGUAUUAUACCAAUCACAGUAACUAUAUCAAAUACAGAAGAGCAAUGCGGUUGCUGGAAGAAAAAAGGGAUGACGAUGAUCGUGAAGAGCAAGCUCUGGAGAGAGCUGCUACUGAUGAUGCAGGGACAUCUAACUCUUCCUUCUCUCGAAGACACAUUAAAAAGAUGAAAAUCUCUAUCAAAGAUGGGUUGAAAAGAGACUUAUAG